CAAUGACACUAUAAUUUCUAGAAUUAUUUCUAAUUUAAAUGCCCGCAUUAAAUGAUAUGGAAAUAGAUACCAUUUACAAUGAGCUCUUAAAAUGGUCGCAAUCUAUCAAUCUAAAUUAUGUGAUUUCUGCACUUACUUGUCUACAUUUGCUCAUAAGACUAAAAUAGGAAUUGCUAUCACCCGAUCUCUCCAUUUCCAUCCUGCAAUUACUCAAUACAGAAUAUAGUUAGUUGGCUUUUGAAAUUCUUCAAUUAUCAAAUUGGCAGCAUUUCAAAGAAGAAUAACUAAUAUUGGUCUGGGAUGAAAUGUGUAAACAAUUACUGAAUCUAAACAAUGAAGAAACUUGCAUAAUAAUAUUAAAGUCCAUAGUUCAAUUCCACACUCCCUACUAAUUGAAAGAGAUUUGUCGGUAUCUGUAAGUGGCCAACGAUUACUACGGCAUUAAAGUAAUUGAGAUGUUGUCUAUAACAUAAAUUAAUAGAAAUUAUGACCAGAUAACAUCGGAAUUACUAGAUCAGAUAUGUUACAGAGUCAUCAGAAAUCACAACCUAAUACCCCUGUUGAAAUAAUUUCUAUUAAAAAAUGUAAUAAACUCCUUUAUUUUUAUAGAAACUAAUUUAUGAGUCCUAUAACUUCCCCGUGCAAAUUGAAUAUUUAUUAUAAUGA